AUGAACGAUGAACUACUUUAUGUACAAGCCCAAUCCAUGCGUAACAAUCUAGUGUUCGGCAAUAUUGAGGAGGCCCUGCCAGGGGAGGUUGAAAAUGCGGAAUCUGUAUUGCGAGAAUUCUUAGUCAGCAAGUUAAAAAUGGCCAAUGACUUAGUUAUAGAAAUGAAAUUUGAGCGAAUUCAUAUAAUAGGUGAGAAGAAUCGUGAUAAGAUUCGUCCUAUUGUGGCCAAAUUUAACCUAUUCAAGGAGCGUGAACUAGUUAGGAGGUCUGCCAGUGCACUUAAAGACACUUCGUAUUACUUGCACGAGCAAUUCCCGAAGAAAAUAUCCGACAAGCGUAGGAAACUGGUACCGGAGUUGAAAAAUGCACGGAAAAGGGGGUCGAAGGCAUGGAUUUCGUAUGAUACGUUGUUCAUUGACGGGGUACCUUACACGAAAAGCAACAACUAG